GGCGGCGCUGCUGAUAUUCCGGGAGAGCGGCCGAUGGCUUGGAGAUUCCAAAGCGCCAGAACUCAAAUCCCAAAGACUCUACCAGAAAUGAGAGUGCUUGAAGAGAGAGGCCCACUUCGUUAACUUCAAAUUCUCGGGGCAAAUUGGAACUUUUGCGACUAUAAAUGGCUGGAAGAGGCUACCUUGUUCUUUUCUGACUUGUAUUUAUUAAGCCUUGCCGCGAUUCCAUCUUCAGGAAUAAAUGAAGUGGACUCAAGAUUUUUGAGUAUUAUUCUUCUCUUGUGCAUGAAGUCUUGUGGAAUAUGAAGCACACUAGCUCUCCAAAUGGAACCUUUGGAUUUUGGUAGCGUCGGCUGCUUGCCUCCCUUUUUGGUGCAUGCAUGUUUUGUCUGGCUUCUGCUUUAAAUUUGAUGAGCAAAUUGUGGUGGCGUUUGUCCUUGUUCUUCUGAAGUUGUGAAAAGUAGUAGUUGUUUACAAGAUCUCUGACUUUUGAUGGUCUCAUAUUGUGCUUAAAUGGACAUCCAAAGGAUCAACUUCCAUCAUCGCAAAGAUGAUUCAUUAAACAGCUCUUCUUUUGAACUCCCAAACCCUUCUUGUGGAAAUUUCAGUUCUCAGCAGGCAUUCAAUACGGGGUUUCCUUUCCAGACCUCAUUACUCGAUUGUAGUCCUCGACACUACGCUGCCACGUCCUCCGAUAUGUCCCUUCCCUCCGAGAGAGGCUCACCGCAGCCUGGCUUCGUGUAUCCUAAUCGUUCUGCUAUUGCUCCUAAUUGUGUUGGAUCAACACCUUCUGCCUUUUAUGCUGCUGAACGUUUAAUGGGUUUUCCUCCAUUGGAGCACCACUUUGGCACCCCUCCAAUGCUGUCGAAAUUGCCAGGGAUUCACUUGGAAGCUUCAACCAAUAGUCCUUCAGAAUCAUAUAUCUGGGUUGAUACAGGGAAGCAGAGUGAUUUUGGUCCCAAGUCCAGGGAUGCAUUAGAAUCGGUCGCGAAAUUUCCUCUGCAAGAAAAUAUAACUUCUGGAUUUUCUGAUAAUACAAAAAGAUUCCCAUGUGGAGAUCAUCAGGAGAUUGAGCUUCAAUCAUUGCUGCAAAGCAAUCAAAGCAAUGGGUAUUCCACUUUGGACUCAAGGCACUCAUAUUCACCUCGGGGGAUUCAUGAUCCUUGUGUUGGAUAUAAUCUAUCAAAUGCUUCGGUGGGAAAACCAAGUUUUCAGUCUGCAACCAGGAAACAACUAGCAAAAACUUCAGUGGGUCUCCCUGCUACUCCUACUGGUACUUCAUCUGGAACAUCUGUACCCAAUAAAACACGGAUUAGGUGGACCCCAGAUCUCCAUGAGCGGUUUGUCGAAUGCGUUAAUCGCCUUGGAGGCGCAGAGAAGGCAACUCCUAAGGGAAUUCUGAAUCUGAUGAAUUCAGAUGGAUUGACCAUAUACCAUGUCAAGAGCCAUCUGCAGAAAUACAGGAUUGCCAAGCACAUGCCAGAGUCUUCCGAAGGCAAAUUUGAGAAAAGAGCCUCUGUAAAUGACAUGCGACAGCUUGAUCCAAAAACUGGAAUGCAGAUCACGGAAGCAUUGCAGCUUCAACUUGAUGUUCAGAGGUGUCUUCACGAGCAGCUGGAGAUUCAACGAAAUUUGCAAUUGCGAAUUGAAGCACAAAGCCGAAAGCUUAAGCAAAUGUUUGAGCAGCAACUCAAAGCAAAUGCAAACCUCACUGAGUCUCAAAACUUGGAGGACCUGUUUCCAGAUGAGCAGCCAUUAUCUCUUGAUGAUGAUGAUAAUGUUCAGAUACUAAAUGUUGAAGAUGGAUCUCAAAAUACCAACUUUCCAUCAAAAAUUAGUUAGCUUUAAGAUUGUCUCUGGUUGGAUGUCAUAUAAGUUGAAGUUGGAGGUGUGAAUCAAAAUAUCAGUUUUAUAACUCAGUGAAAUUGAUCAGAAGCCUCCUCAAAUAGAAUUGUAGUUUAAGAUAGUUGUCUGUUAGCCGGUUUUCUAAAUGAUGAAAAGUAGCAUGAAGAUUUUCAGUAACUUGAUCAAAUGUCAUAUGCUGCAAGACUGACAAGGAGAAAUGCCAAAAAUAAGAUCCACAAAUUGUCUUCAGAUAGCAGCAUGUGGAUGUACGCAUCUUGCUUAUGUAAUCUAUGUCAAUCACUUCAGGAUAUUGUUAUCACAUUUUUAGUUGGUUGCGAAUUUAUUAGACCAAAUUUAUUAGUUGUCCAAAA